UAGUGCUCUUUCCAACCUUGGUGAUUCUAUAAUUCUGUGAAUGCGCACAGUCUUGCUGGCAUACAGUGGUGAUUCUUGCAUUACACAAGAUUACAUGGAACCCAAUGCGUGCAUCUCCUAGUUGAGAGAAUGAUUGAGGCCACAGAUGAAAACCAACUCCUUGACUUCCCACUUUGCUGUAAGGAUGAUAGAUGGCUUGGGAUUUAUUUCUUCAGCACUAAAAAACUGUCUUUCAUUUUUGUGAAAUCAGAGUGGAGCUGGACGGUCACUGAUAAGCUGAGGUCUUUGUAUUUUGUGCUAGUGGCUGGUUUAUUCCCUUCGGGUACUACUUUUAGAAUAAAAUGUACUUAGACUAACAAAUUUUUGGUUUUUUUUUUGUUGUUGCUAACUUGCAGGGAAUAGUAGUGAUUACUUUGUUUUUAAGUUUUUUAGGUACAUGUAGGAAUUCAGUAAUUCCAAGUAUUUUCCCUUGAAUGUACAAUAAUUUCAACUGAGAACUAAAUACUAAUGUAGUGGUGUUGUAUGGCUUUUAAAACGAAUCUGUAGGUAUAUAUUUGUAUAUAAGCAUUCAUUUGACAUCUUCAUAUGUGACACAAACAGUUUUUUAUUGCUUUUAUCGUGUACCAAUCGAGUCUGAAAUGUUGCUGUGUGAAAAUGAAAGUAAAUCUCUAGAAUUACUGAGGUCAUCCUAAGAGUGUAGUGAUGGACAGCAUGCUCUUUGCUCCUGCUUCCAAUUCUUUUUGUACUCUGUGUAAAGUAAUGCUAGCAUGUCUUUAUCUGGAUUUGCUGGACGCUUGUUAAAGAAGAAAUUUCACAGCUGCAUUUGACAUCACCGUAUAUUAACACAUUGUCUCACCCCUUUUCUUUUCUCCUGCAGGUGCUCAAUACUUGCCUGUAGUGCUUAUGUGGCUCUGGCUCUGGGCGAUAACCUUAUGGCACUGAAUCAUGCAGAUAAGCUCCUCCAGCAACCGAAGCUGUCAGGGUCUCUGAAGUUUCUUGGGCAUUUGUAUGCAGCAGAAGCUCUCAUCUCUCUUGACCGAAUAUCUGAUGCCAUCACUCACUUGAACCCUGAGAACGUCACUGAUGUUUCCCUUGGGAUCUCCUCAAAUGAGCAGGAUCAAGGGUCUGACAAAGGAGAGAAUGAGGCGAUGGAGUCUUCUGGCAAGCAGACCCCCCAGUGUUAUCCCAGCUCAGUCACAUCUGCACGGACAAUGAUGCUGUUUAACCUUGGAAGCGCUUACUGCUUGCGGAGUGAAUACGACAAAGCUCGGAAGUGUCUCCACCAGGCUGCUUCGCUGAUCCACCCCAAGGAGAUCCCUCCGGAGGCUAUCCUGCUGGCCGUCUAUCUGGAGUUACAGAAUGGUAACACUCAGCUGGCGUUGCAGAUCAUCAAGAGAAACCAGCUUCUCCCUUCAGUGAAAACGCUCUCAGACAUGCGGAAGAAGCCCGUUUUCCAGCCGGUCCACUCGCUCCAGCCCAUUCAGAUGCCGACUUUCACCGCUGUGCAGAGGAAGUGAGGGUCUGUUGAGCUCGCUGCUGCCCUUCCUGGGAGGGCUGGGGAUUUUGUAUAUUUUUUUAACCUCGGACAUCUGCAUACCCGGAUUGCUGGAGUGUGUUCCUUUAUGUAAAUUUUUAAUAAAACACUUAAAUGUCUCCA